CCGAGGCAUAGGACGCGCGGUGGCAGAGUUCCUGCCGUUCCUGCCCCUGCGAGCUAGGCACAUCUCACCACGCACUCUCGCCAUUCGGCCGCUGAAAAGGGACUCCCACGACGGCCAAGACCAAGUUUAAAAGAGCAGCACAUCACCUAUGACGACGUGAUGUGCUGCGCCUACGCCGCCGCGUCGUGGUCGCGGCUCGCCCUGCUGCUGGGGCUGGCCGCGAUCGUGCUGCAGGCACUGUCGCUCUUCACGGGCAGCUGGCUCCACACCAAGGAGGUCCUGACCUCCGAGGCCGAGCUCUCCGACACGCCCGCCACGCCCACCGUGCGCUACGGCAGCGUGCUCGUGCACACGCGCGUCGGCCUGCUGAGGACGUGCGUGCGCGUGGAGAAGAUCAACGCUUCCUCCUACCCUUACACGGGUCCACAGCCGUCGUGCUUCACGCUGCCCAACAACCUAUGGCAGGACGUGUCUUCCUCGGACCUGGGCAUCCACCAUGGCGCCGUGCCCAACACGGCCCUCGUCGUCACCAACGUCCGCCAGUACACGCUGGUGCUGGGCUCCGUGUCGCUGGGCCUGAUGCUGGUGGGCGAGCUGGCCGCCCUCGUCUCGCACUUCAAGCCGAGCAACAAGCUGGGCGUCGUGCUGGGCUGCUACCUCUUCCUCUUCGCGGGCCUCAUCGUGUGCCUGGUCGUGGUCACCUUCUCCAUGAUGACGGAGGUGCCACGGCGCGACCUGCCCGAGGCGCUGCGCCUGCCCAAGGCCGCGGAGGCCCUGCCGCCCUUCUCGUGGGAGCUGGGCACGUCCUACUACCUGGCCGUGGCGUCGUUCGCGCUCACGCACAUCAUCGCCGCCGUGCUGGUGUCCGCCUUCAUGAAGCGCUUCUCCUCGCUGGAGGCCAUGGUGCGCGAGGUGGUGCCCGGCGCGGACCGCAAGCUUCGGGAGCACCAGGAGAACAACCUUGUCGGGCUGUGGGAGAUCUACCCCAGCCGAGCCAUGCGGCAGCUGGGCUGCAUCACGCUGCCGGGCGCCAUGGGCUGCUACGGCAAGCUGGCGUCCCUGGCGUCUGACGGCCAGGCGCUGCAGAGCGCCGGGGAGCGCGCCGGCAAGUCCAAGCCCGACAUUUGCUCCAGCAACCCGGAGAGCUCGGCGGACUCCCUCCAGCAGCACCUGCAGCAGCACUUGCAGGUGGACGACGCGCACAUGGGCGAGGCCGGCCAGGACCACCAGUUGCGCCCCGUGUCUCCCUUCGACGCGGCCGCCAGCGCGGGCCGCAGCGUGAGCCUGGGGCAGCCCAUGUCCCUGACGACCAGCUCCACCAGCUCCCAGGCCGCCGCCGCCCCCGCCUCCGCGGCCGCCCCCGUGCUGCCGUCGGGACUGCCGCCGCCGCCGGACCCGCUGGCUGGCGUGUCCGUGCCCAUCACCGUCAUGAGGGCGCGGCCCCUCGGCCACCCCGGCGCCCACCAGCACAGGACCAUCCCCUGCGGCGCGGUGGAGGACGCCACUCCUCUGGACACCUUCCCGGCGUACGGCGGCGCGGCUGACGGCACCAUGACGGUGGCUCGCCGCAAGCCCGGGGCCGCCGCCGCCGCCACCGCCGGCAGCCAGGGCGUGGCGGGCGGCGCCCCCACCGCCUUCAGCACGCUGGACAACCGGUCCCGCUGCGGCAGCGCGCGCAUGCACGCGCACGCCCACACGCACACCCUGCCGCACCCGCCGCGCCAGUUCUGAUAAGAGCGGGCCCGGCCUGGGGGCAGCCCUCCUCCCCCUCCCCAAGGAGGUCCCCGAGGGGAUCCCCGCGGGGAGGGCGAUGACUGCCCCCAGGACUCCUGGGCCAUCUCCUGCUGAGGCGCGCGCCGCCUGCCGCGGACUGGGCGGACUGGCUACACCGGCAGAGCCAUGGGCAGAAACAUGGGCAGAGGCAGCAGGCCUCGGGCCACUCUGACCGAGACUCUGACGCCCCUCCAGUGACUCACGACUCACGACUCACUGCCAGUGCAGACUGCAGACGUGCAAACCCCUCCGGACGGUGUUUCGGAUGCUGCUACACUACCUGCCACGACACUGUUGUGUCAACAGCCCGACUUUAUUAUGUUAAUUAAAUGUUAGUGACGUUGGAACGGUUGUGAAAGUUGAGCCCGAUGUUUGGCGUAGGCUUUACACCAGACCAUCCUGCUUCAUUCUUCGACUGUUCAACGGCAAACUGGAUCAGAUAGUUUGAACAGUCCAGGAACGAUCGGGACGCCUGGUUUAAAAAUUAUGCGUGAUACUCUGUAACGUGUUUUCAUUAGUAGAAAGGUAACUUCUUGUAUGUCUGCGUGGAAGGACCAGAUCGAUACAUCUAAAUUUAGGAAUCAAAGAAAAUAUUUCACUCAAUUUAAAUGUCAAUACAUGUUUGUUAACGCGAUGGACUGAAUUUUCAGAACACUUUUACCUGAGUACUGAACGUUUCUUUUCCUGGAAACGGCGUCCUUGAACUUGUCUUUAGCCUCGUUAGUGUUUUAGGCGUUCGUCGAAGUGGCGCUGCACUCCAAAUCGGGCAUGCCCUGGAGCUGAGCGCCUUUGUCGCCUGCUCCACUUUUUAGGGUGGAUUUGGCGCCCAGUUGCUGGCCAUGCCAAAUUCGGAGUAUAGUCUUUUGUAUUUUGUUUCUCUCUUUGGUUCCACAGACCGACGGAACUGAGACUAGCUUUACCGGCCUAGUGCGAACACCUGAGCGCGCGUCUCGCCGCGGCCAGUUUGGAGCGUUCUGCGAAAAGCAUAUCUCUGUGUGUUACGUUGGGCCAGCGGGCCCUGCGCCGGAAUAAACGCCAUUUUGUACCGCCA